CUAGGUGAGGAUGCUGACGAAAUAGUGCCGUAUCAGUACCAUGAUUGCUUUACCAUGUUCAGCAAGUUAAGAUAAACAGACUGCUACAGUAUCUCGGGAACAGUUCAAAUCAUCUUCCGAUUAUUUUGUUUUAUCUUAUCGUGGUCUGUUAUCAAGCGUUUAGUGUCGCGGUACUGCCUGGUGGAUAGUCACGUUUCUCUCGACGUCCUAAUGUUUUAAGAUGCUGUAUUUGGGGAGUACGGCGUGAGUCCAGAUGAGGCUGACCAGCUCCACCCUGAUCCAUGGCUGAGGGGACGUGGCACAGGAUCCGAAGGAUCGUGCAGAGGAAACGAGCGUUUGAAGCUGAACAAGUGGACCGCAACAAUCUUAAGAGAUGCCUGAACUGCUUGGACCUGACGGCGCUGGGCGUGGGCAGCACGCUGGGCAUCGGCGUCUACGUGCUGGUGGGGGCGGUGGCGCUGAAGAUCGCCGGGCCCUCCAUCUUGCUGUCCUUCCUCAUCGCCGCUCUCACAUCGCUAUUUGCAGCUCUAUGCUAUGCUGAGCUGGGUGCGCGGGUGCCGCUCGCGGGAUCAGCCUUCAUAUACACGUACGUGACUGUCGGUGAACUGGUGGCCUUCAUGGUGGGUUGGAACAACAUAUUGGAGUUCAUAUUCGGCUCAGCGAGUGUGGCCCGAGGUCUAAGCUCGUACAUUGAUGCUGUGACUGACCACGCCAUCUCCAGUUGGUUCCUCAAGGCCAUGCCCAUCUCGGGCUCCUACCUGUCACCUUACUUCGAUCUCUUCUCGUUCUUGUUCGUUUUGGCAAUGGGAGUCUUGUUGGCGUUCGGCGUGCGCGAGUCGGCUCGAGUGAACAACGUGCUCUCGUCUCUCAACCUUCUCGUCAUCAUAUUUGUUAUCACCGCUGGAGCGUUCAAAGCGGACCCCAACAACUGGUUCAUCCCGGCGGACCAGGUGCCGGCGGGCUACGGCUCCGGCGGUUUCUUCCCGUACGGCGUGUGGGGCACGCUCAAGGGUGCCGCCGUGUGCUUCUAUGGAUUCGUUGGCUUUGACGUCGUCAACUCUUCUGGUGAAGAAGUGAAAGAGCCGCGGAGGACAAUACCGAUAGCGAUCCUGUCCAUCCUGUCGAUAGUGUUCACAGUGUACGCCGGAGUCAGUAUUGUGACCACCAUGAUGGUCCCCUAUUAUAACAUGACAGCAGUGGCCGCAGUGUCAUCCGCGUUCAGAGCUGUCGGCUGGGAGUGGGCGCGCUGGGUAGUCACUGCUGGCGCUGUCUUGGGAAUAUCUACCAGUUUGUUCGGUGCAUUAUUCCCGCUGCCCCGGCUGCUGUACUCCAUGGCGUCUGACGGGCUCUUCUUCCACUGGUUCUCUAAAGUCAGCAAGAACAACCAAUCACCUCUCAUAGCAACCGUUAUACCGACAGCUGUCAUUGCGUUGUUAGCGGCUCUCCUGGAACUGGAACAGCUGGUGCUCAUGAUGUGCAUUGGAACUCUGGGCUCCUACACCAUCGUAGCUACGUGUGUUGUUAUUUUAAGAUACCGCUCAUACUCGGUGCCGGAGUUGAAACUAGGCUAUAUGAAACAGGUGACUGGCCGCGGGGACAAAGUAGCCACGCGGACUUCUUCAGUAGUCAUCAACUUUGCUAUGUGCCUGUACAUAUGCCUGUGUAUAGCCAUAGCCGUGGUCUGUCUCCACACAUCGAAGCCACUAAUUCCAGGUAUCAUACUCCAUAUCCUGGCAAUCAUAGUCGUGCUCGUCAUGGCGCUGCAGCCUGCCAGUGAUGACGAGAUAUCAUUCAAGACGCCUCUAGUGCCGUUCAUUCCUUGCCUCAGCAUAUACGCAAACGUGCAUCUAAUGGUUGUUAUUAAUUAUCACACAUGGAUAAGAAUUGGAAUUUGGAUAUUGUUAGGUAUCCCAAUUUACUUCAUAUGCCUCUUCUGCUAUGAGCAAAAGGCUGGCAGAAGCAAACCUGAUGCAUACAGCAAGCCAUACUCGGGUAAAAAUGCUAACGGCAAAGCACCUGUUAUUGUACAAAUAGUGGUGGAGUCUCCCACCCCACCUGAUACAUUAGCUCGUUCUGCGGACCCUGAGGACCGACAUGACCAUGUUCAGAAGAUACACAACGAAUUACAAGACAAAGAUGUCGGAGGAAGCAAAGUCGAAGACGUUAUAAUACAAAAUAUACAAAUCGAGAAUAACGAAGAGAAAGAAGCAAAAAUAAUAGACUUGUUGGAUCAAGUUCUGCAAGCUGAAGAAGAUACAUACGGAGAAGUGAUAAGUUUAAAAGAAAUAAAAGAAGACGAUAAGGAUACUACAGUUAAUGAAGGUAGCAUACCUCAUAGAAAGUCUUUAAGCGAGCUUUCCGACGCAGGGUCCGAUGCAUCCAAUAAUCAAGUUUUAUCCAAAUAUGACGUAGUUGCUCAAGUACACCGAGAAGAUUUGCCUAAGGUAAGCGAAGAAGAAGAAAAGGUAGACGGUAAUGAAGACUUCCCUAAUUAUGAUGAUGAGGAAAUAACUGCAUUUAACGAAAGUGACGAAACGAAUUCACGAACAGAUGAAUCCGGAUAUUCAGAUACGAUUGACAGACCCGCUUUGAGUGAACUAGUUGAAGAUAACGAUGUUCCUUUUAUUCCGCCCCCACCACCGCCGCCUCUAGAUGAGAAUUAUUUUAAAGCAUCUACUCCUCCUACUAACUUUAAGAAAUUCAAUACAGUAAUACCUAGAUAUCCACAACUAGAAGUAGAAGACGAGGAAGCUGACGAGCCUCGAGUAAGUAUCACUUCAAAUAAUUCGCAAGGUGAUGCCAACAUGAGGUUUGGUAGCGACAGACAAAUUAAGUUCAUGUCCAAGUUAAACAAUAUAUUCCAAAAAUCUAUAGUUCCUAAUGAAGAAGAGGAACCCAGACAGCGGUCGCUCUCAACAGGAAAUGUUUUAGCGAACACAGAGUUAUCAGCAAUACGAGAUCGGCCAUCAAUGUUUUUAGAAUUAAAGAAGGAACUAUUAUCAAGGGAUCCUGCACAAAUUUUACGUGCCGUCAAUACAGAGGAAAAGGCACCAGAACCUAUAACAAUCCCAGUUCCAGAAAAUGUAGAAGAAGAAGAAGAGGAAGAAGAUACAUCAUUAAGUAGAGAAGAUUUAAAGAAUAAGUUAGAAAAUAUAUUCGCGGUUGGUGGUCCGCAGCUUUUGAAGCCAAGACUAAAGAAAUCAGAUGCGACGACGCCAGAAGAAGCAUCUCAAACAGACCAAUCCAGUACAGAGAGUAUACCAAAACUACCCAAGAUGGAUAAAAACGAUACUUUGAAACGACAAAAAGACAACUUUAGUAAAGUAUUAAACUCUUUUCGAUUAAGUAUGAACAAAGAUGACUCAGACGUGUAUUAAAAUAGUGAUAUUAAGUGAAGCAGUACAAGAUGGCAGCUAUUGAUCAAAAUAAGUGAUUUAAUUUAAGUUUGAGAUCACAAUUUAAAACUUUUGGACAUUUUGUUAAUGCAGGAUGUAUAACUAGUCGUAUUGUAAGUGCCUUUUUUGUAUAAAUAUUUAUACGACAUAUCAUUUUUUAAUACAUGUAGCAUUUUAGUACGAGUUAUAAAAUAGUUUAUGAAAAAAGUCUGUGUUUGAAGCAACAUUGUAUAAACCUACGGAUUUUUGGCACUAGAAUCAAGAUACAAUUCAUUCUAAAUUUGCUUGUGAUCUAACAAUAGAGGGUAAUUGAAAUUAUUUAUACAAAAUAAUAACUUUGAAAUAUCGUCAUGUCAUUGACUUCGUUUCAAUUCGAGGCCCAAUGGAAUAACAUGUUACUUUCGAGUUAUGUAAUUAAAUGUAUAUUGUUGACUAGUUCUACAGAACUGAAGUAUUUCUAUUAUAAUGUAAAUAUUUGUGAAUUUGUACAGUUUUCAUGAAUUUUAGCAUUAAGCAGUGUUUUCAUAUCAUGAUCAGUAAGACUGAUGGGUCCAUGUAAGCAACUCGAUAAAUUGAACUGUGUUUCAAGAGUGUAUGUAGAUGCAUUUGUAAUAAAGUAUGUAUUUAAGUUUUA